AUGCCAUCCAACAUCCAAGUCUUCGUGAAAUGGAAGGACCAGACUAUAUUUGCAGGAGAGGAUGUUGAGUGUACUAUAACAUUCAAGAACGUGGCCGAUACGAGCGCCGAUGCCAAUAAUGCGGGUGAAGGAGGUCAACAUUCACGGAAGAUCUCUCGAGUCGCGAAUCACACACCUCACUCGAAUUCGGACUCUUUCUUCGGUUUCAAAUCACCCCAGGCUCUGUUUGCUAGUCGGCGAUCAUAUUCCACCAGCUCACAACGAAAGCCUUAUCACCGGACAGCCUCGUCCCUGAGCUCUCCGUUGGUCGGCGGCUCCCAUAGCUUUCCUCCUAACAGCGGUCCCUCUACACCGCGAGCAUGGCAAUCGGGUCACAGCCACAAACGAUCCGUUUCUAUCCUCUCCAUUGAUAGCGAAGGUCAGGCCGAUCCGACGCCGUCCCCGCACAAUUACAAUCGGCACCAACCAGCCAGGGGUCAUGGGCGGUCGGCGAGUCUCCAGGUUAUGCCGCGAAGGAACAAUAGCUACGAGGAUUCUUACAAAAAAGCGAGAGCUCCCUCUCAUGCCUUUCCAUUUCCACUGACAGAGGCUCCUAGUGAGCACCCCAACGGCAGCCUGAAAGUUGAUACCUCUCACUUGGGGCGAGCCAGCCGCCCAGGUUCCUUAGCGACUAGUCCAAUAGGUGCAACAGAGCCAUUGCGUCGACCUUCACGGCGGCCCCAACCGCCUCCCCUCGAUUUUAAGUUUCCGGCCACUCCUUCGACUGAUUCAACCAACAAUCGCACCAUGCGCACUCCAUCUCCAAAGUCGGCGACAACAAACGGUACAGCAUCGACCGGAGGAAGGUCUGCUGUCAGAGACGCUCAGGGUCUGACUGGACCGGCGCACCAACAACUGACCCGAAUUAUAUCAGCCACAAGCGUGAAUGGGAGCAGCCGGAGCAGCGGGGAAUUUUACUCCAUCAGCGACCAAUCGACCGAGACCCUCGGGUCCGAAUACACAAAUUAUUCUGUACAGGGUGCUCGAGCUCCCCCUUCUAUGCGGCAUGCGCGGCAUCAUUCAAGCGUAGUUCUAUCUCCCUCCAAAUCCUCCAACAGCCAGGCGCUGCUGAUGGGCUAUGCGCAGGUAAGCGCAUCAUUCACGGUCGAUGGCUCACUGGUGAACCAGUCAGCUUUUGACGAAGUCAAGCGAAAGGGAGUUGUUGGUGGUCAACCGGGUUCAGGUGGACUUCCUGGCCGCCCAACGACAACAGCCGAGCGACCACGUAAAACUGGUGGGUUCUGGGGCGCACUCAAAUGGAACACUAUCGAGGAAUCCAUUAGUGGUCUCCUUUCAAAUAAUGAAUUGGACGGUCUACGAGAAAUGCGUGGCGUUACUUCGUCGAGAUCAAUUCCGUUGUUGUCCACCUCCCAGUCGCUGCUUUUUGUUGACCUCCGACUGGCCCCAGGGGAGGAACAGUCAUAUUCUUUUUCGUUUGCUCUUCCCAAAGGACUCCCGGCGAGCCACAAAGGGAAAGCAAUUAAGAUCUCGUAUAAUUUGGUCAUUGGAACUCAGCGGCCUAGCGGGCCUAACGAGCCCCAAAAGGUCAACCGUAUCAAUAUACCCUUCCGCGUUUUCAGUGGUGUGAAUGAAAAAGGAGAUAUCCUUGGGCAUGACUUGAUGUCACCUUAUGUACUUCUACGGGACGAAGCAAAGGUGCAAAAGGUCGGGCCAGCGAUGCCUGUGGCAACAAAAAACCAAAGUGUGAGCAAAUCUCACCAUUCCGCGGCCGACUUCCUUGGUUUUGUGGAUGAAAUUUUGGAGCAACGUGCGCGUUCCAACACACUCUUCCCACCUGGUGCUACUCCCUCGAGACGACCUAGCGUCGAAGGAUUACCCCAGUUGCUUACUUCGAAGGAUGUCAUCGACUUUGCUAUCCUUCGCAGCAACCAGGCGGCGAACUCUCGCCGUAGCCCCAAUCGGUUUGAGAUUGCCCGUGAAGGUAAACGUAUCGCAGUGGUCGUAUUGAACCGACCAGUUCACCGACUUGGAGAGACUAUUAUCGCCACUAUGGAUUUUGGAGAGGCCAAUAUUCCAUGCUACGCUGUACGUGCCUCUCUAGAGACGUCCGAAAAGGUCACCCCUAAUUUGGCCAUUCGGUCAAAUGCCAGCAUUCACCGAACCACGAGGCGUAUCCAUGCUUCUUUGUUCGAGAACACACUUCAUGCCACCCGAGUGGCUUUCAGCCCAGCUAUCCCCAUCACAGCCACACCUUCGAUCUUGACGAGCGGUGUAACUCUCGAUUGGGAGCUGCGAUUCGAGUUUGUGACAUCCAGUGUUCGAGGCGAGCAAGGGACCCAACCUUCGGGCAUCCGCUUACUCGAGGCUUUGUCGUCGGAUGAUCGCGGCACUAUGCUUUCCGCCAUGGAGCAUCUGAACUGUGAAUCCUUUGAGAUCGCCAUCCCGCUAACUGUGUAUGGAGAGACUGUUCGCGAACGACUACCUGAAGAGAAUGAAGGCUACCCGAUCUAG